AUGGGAGAGAAAACGACGUCAGCAACAAAGUUCUCGCCUCGAGCAUCUUCGUCCUCGCCAUCAUUGUCUUCCAUACCCUCCGAACCUAGCCAUCAGCAUCGACAGAUCCAGACCAAUCUGGAUUCCAAGAUUCCCAUCAAUCUAUACGGCUUCAUCGAUCUACUCUCCCACUUCUCCCAGGAGAUCCAAUCGAGCAAGCAGGAACUUCCAGACGAAGCCAUCGAGCUGAUAUCCCGCACACUAAGCUUCGCCCAAUCGCGCCUCCAAGGGACAGACGACAAAGACUCAAUCCAGUCCCAUCUAACGGCCCUAGCAAACCUGAGCAAAGUAAUCGAGUCCGCCCACCCCGUCGCACUCUUCGGAAUUGGCACCUUCGCUAUGUUCGAGGUCUGCUGUGGCCCAUUCGGACGAUGGCACCGACAUCUACAAGGAGCCAGGUCAUUACUCGACCUCCAUUGUCAAAACCAAGCAGACAUCGACGCCCUCACACAGCAAAUACCCGGUCUCGCAGAUGUCCUGGCUUACCUCGUCUGGUUCGACGUGACGGGCACUCUCGUCCGCGAAGACGCAUCCCUCAUCUUCGACGAUUGGCACCGAAAGAUCCUCACGCCGACCUUCUUCGAGUCCGUCGGCUGUCCACCCGACACCUUCGACCUCUUCGUCGACCUCGCGCGAUCCAACCCAAUUGAAAGCAACAUCGUAGACCUCAGCACACGAGCAAUGGACCAAAUCCUCUCCCUCGAUACAACAGACAAUCCAACCACGGACCGCGCGCUAGCCGCAACAGUCUACCGAAGUGCCAGCGCCCUCCUGUCCUUCGCCCGACUAAACACCCCGCCCUCAAAAUACCACACACCCCCGUCCUGA